AAACAAAGCAAUCACGGCGAAGCGUAGGCGAAUAACGGAAAAUAUGCAAUCAGUAUAAAAACGAAAUUUAUCGUGUAUGGAUGGAGAAAGGUUUGGAGUAAACUAAAAUUGUCGCCAAAAUACAUUUAAUUAUGAAUUACGAUACAAAGUUCGAUAGCGAAAAGCGAAUCUGGUCGAAUGUAGCACCAGACCGUCUCUUCAAUCCAGAUAAAUCGAUUGGCGGUGUCGCCUUGCAUAUGUUACGCGCCCAGCCACCAAAUGCGAUUUGUCAAAUUUGCGACUCGGAAGAGACUGAACUGACCUAUAGCAAAGCGUACUCGUAUGCGGUCAGCGUAGCGGCUCAUCUGAAAGGGCUGGGUCUUGGCUGUGAUGAUGUUGCAGGCAUUGUCGCCUACAAUACAACGCUACUGAUGCCGGUGAUCGUUGGUUGUUGGGUGAAUGGCGUGGCUGUAAAUACGAUGCAUCCGAUAUAUGAAGAAGAUGUAAUCAGAGAAUUGUUCCAAGUAACAAAACCAAAGAUUAUUUUCUGUGAUGGAGUGUGUUAUGAAAAAGUCCGCGAGGCUACAAAAAUGUUGAAUGUCCCGAUAUAUACAUUAUGCAAUCAUUUUGAUGGAGUCAAAAAAGUGGAAGAGAUACUGUUACCCGUGGAAGGGGAAAGUAUGUAUGGAGCGGAGCCUCUUAAGCAUGGAGCCAAUCAAACCAUGGCCAUCCUACCCUCCUCCGGUACAACAGGCGUACCAAAGCUGGUCUGUAAUUCAAAUCACAAACUUUUGGUUGAUUUUUGCCUCAGCAAUGGCUCAUCCGUUAUAUUUACAUUUGCUACAGCGCAAUGGAACACUGGCAUUUCCCUAAUGGUCGUGAAUAUACUCUGCGGUGGUACGCGUAUCGUCACUACCAAAUCCUACUCACCAGAAUAUUUCCUGGAGCUCAUCGUAAAAUAUAAAAUAUCGAUGAUUUUCUCUUCGCCCGUACUAGUUGGUGCACUCGUGGAUUUGCCGCAAUGCACGCAGGAAUCCUUGGCCAGUAUACGUAUACUUGUGAUUACAGGUGGCAAUGCCACGCGCUCCAUGCAGAAAAGAAUACGUGAUAAAUUAACUAAUGGGUAUCUAUUAAACUCUUAUGGCACCACGGAAAUUGGCGCUAUAUCGGUGAACUAUUCACAGGAAAAGGCCGAGAGUGUUGGUAGAAUAAAUAUUGGCUCAUAUGUGAAGGUUAUCGAUCCGGUAUCGGGAAAUCUUUUGGGACCUAAUGAGAAGGGUGAAAUUUGGGCACGUGUUACGGGUGAUUGGAUGGGCUUUUACGGUAAUGCUGCUGCGACAGCUGAGAUGAUCGAUGCAGAUGGUUUUAUCAACACCGGCGAUAUUGGCUACAUAGAUGAUGAAUGUUAUAUGUAUUUAGUGGAUCGCAGCAAGGAUAUAAUGAAAUAUUAUAAUUUCCAUUUCUCACCAACUGAAAUUGAGACAACGAUCUCGUUGCUACCGGACGUUUUGGAUGUUUGUGUGUUUGGUGUAUCUGAUGGGAAUGGAAUGGAUCUGGCUGCUGCGGCGGUGGUCUUGAAGACGGGCAGUACACUUACUGAGGAUGAUAUUGUGAAAUUUGUUGCUGAGAAAAAUAAAGUGAAGCAUAAGCAGUUGAAUUACGGUGCAUUCAUCGUCGCUGAGAUCGCAAGAAAUGUCAAUAGCAAAGUAAUGCGCGCAGAGAUGAAGCAAAUAUGUUUGAACAUGGAAAGCAGCAAGAAGAGAAAGAUCUAAAAUAAUGAAAUUUCCGUAUUUAUUUAUUUUUUUACAAUGUUCAAAGUCGUCAAGUUCGAUAUGAUAUUUUGAAACUGAAAGCCUGCUUAUUUGUAAUUGAAGAGAUUUUCAUUUAAUAAGAAUUAAAAUCUAUCAAAACCACUUGAAACUUGUUACACGGAGGUCUUUUGAGGUCGCCUACUGUGAAUAAAAAUUCAAAAUGAAAAUGGAAAUGGAAA